UUGAUAGAAGGCAGGUACACAUACGACUGGUUACUUGUUCUUAUUGUUUAUAUCAAUAUUAUUGUCAGAGUUAGUCACACGACUGAAAUAAUCAACAUUAUGUUUGUACGAGGAGGUUUUGUUUGGGUAAUGCUGUUAAUUUUACCAAUCAUAUACGGCAAAAGAUGUGAAUCUGAAGAUGCUAUCAACAUUUGUGGUGAUGAAGUAAAGACAGGAUCCAAAUUAUAUUUAGACAUUAAUAUACAACCUAAAGAUAAUAUUGAUCACUGUACCUGUGUACUACAAUCUGACCAAGACGCAGCCCAAUCAGUUCAGUUUUAUUCUGUACCUCCAUCAUAUUGGUGGGAAUAUACCUUAACUAUUACUAAACCACUAAUAUCAGGAAGGUUUGACUGUAGAUACAACACACCUGUACUUCUAUUUAAUGUCAAACAUACAGAAACUCUUGAUAUACUACUACAGAAAGAAAUUCAGCCAACUUCCAAUUUUACACGAUGUGUUUGGAUUAAUUCAACCACUAAUGUAAGUAUAUCUUGCAACGGAAUGACAGAGAGUUCCCCGGCCACUACAACUAGUAAUACACCCAAAAGCCCCCCAACUCAGCAACCAACAGAUACUUCAUUGACUUCCACAAAUGGUGAAGCUACUACGACAAUAAUUCAAUCAAGAACAACAACCCCAACUCACACGUCCUCGGCUACAAAUCUUACGUCAGCAAUACCAUCUAGUUCCAAAACAAGUAUCUCGCUUAUGAUUACUAACACAACGUCAUUUACAGCUUCAACUACUGACUCCAGUACCACUGCAAGUACUUCGGAAACUCGUGGAGAAUCAACAACAUCAAGUGUUGCAGGAUCGGCCAGCGAUUCAUCAACAUCAGUUGAAAACGUGACAAAAAACCCAAGUUCUUCUUAUACAGGAUCUGGAGAGACCCCCACUGAAACAACAACUUUAUACGUAGCUCCAGAUGGUCUAUCAGACACACAAGUUGGUGCUAUUAUUGGUGGAGUGUUAGGUAUUAUAUUGGUUAUUGGUGGCGUGCUACUCGCUAUAUUAGUAUGGAGAUGUUACAGAAAUAGGACACCAGAAGAAGAUACCACGUAUACUUCCUUAGAUCUACAAAAUAAUAUAACGCCUACGGAUGUGACGUAUCAAGGUCUUCAACAUAUCCCACCACCUUUGACGACCACCACUUUAACCCACCAGCCACCCAGGAGUCACGCUAACGGACACCUCAAAUCGCCCCAACAAACAUCCACAGUCGACUCUGAUCCAAAUUCCACAUCAAUAUCAUCUUAUGAAAACCUCGUGUCUUGUCAACCGACGGUCCCCGGUGAAACCUAUGAAAACCUUACUUCACAUGAACACAUAAUGAAUCAUCCAAAUCAACAAUCAUCCCCAGUCCACGAAUAUGAAAAUUUCUCUGGUACUUGAGAUAAGACUAAAUGUAACACAAUAAACCGGCGAUGCGUUUCGCCUGAACAAUAUUUUGUGAUACAAUUUCUGAAAGACAAUGUUCAUUUCUUUCAUUUCUACAAAUGUGGACGUAUAUUUCCGUCGCCCCUGUCUGUGUGAAUGGGUGUGUGUGGGUGUGUGUGGUUGUGUGUGCGUCGCCUACAGGCCGCAAUUCAUACGUGAUCCUCUUGAAACCUUACAUACUUAUUCCUUUUAUGCUAAGGAUCAUCCCUAUUGUUUUUAGUGCAUGUCCGACCCCCAAGGACAGAGCCACACCCAUUUCUUGUAUUUGUUUGUUUGUCGUAUACAGGCCGCACUUCUUAACCUAUCAUCUUGAAACUUUACAUACUUAUUCUUUAUACCCUAUGGAAUAUCCCUAUUGUUUGUGGUGCA